AUGUCUUCCGAUCAACAGAUUAUCUUCACCAAGAACGCCCCCGCGGCGCUUGGCCCCUACUCUCAAGCCAUCAAGACCCCCCACAUGAUCUACUGCUCUGGUCAGAUCCCUCUCACUCCUGAGGGCGAGCUUGUUCAGGGUAUCACUGAGCAGACCCGUCAGGCUUGCAAGAACGUCCAGGCUGUCGUCGAGGAGGCCGGUUCAUCCCUUUCCAAGGUCGUCAAGACCACUGUCUUCAUUUCUGACAUGUCAUACUUUGCUGAGAUCAACACAGAGUACGAAAAAUGGUUCUCUCACAAGCCAGCCCGUAGCUGUGUUGCUGUCAAGACUCUCCCCAAGAACGUCGAUGUUGAGGUUGAGGUCAUCGCUCUUCCUUAA